GCAUUUAGCAAGGCGUUUUGCAAGGAAAAGCCAUUUUUCCCGAUAAAUAUGUCGUCGAGAUUCAAACCUAAUGAGGGCGACUGGAUCUGCAAUGAUACCAAGUGUGGCAAUGUCAACUUUUCUAGAAGAACUCAGUGUAACAAAUGUGGUAAAGAAAAGAAAGAUGGAUUGAUUUUUAAGAAAGGAGGAACAGAAAUAGGAAAAGGAUUGGCAGAAAAAAGUAAAGGUUUAUUUAGUGCUGAUGACUGGCAGUGUAAAAGUUGUGGGAAUGUAAACUGGGCCAGAAGAAUGACAUGUAAUUUGUGUAAUGCUCCUAAGUAUGGGAAAACUGAGCAAAGAACAGGAUUUGGAGGAGGUUAUAUGGAAAGGGACGAAGUUGUUGAAUAUGUACACCGGGAUGUUGAAGAAGAUGAUGCUUUAGUUGAUGAGUUUGGUAGAAAGAAAAAGAAAUUUAGAAAUUCUACUGAAACAAAGGUAAUUGAACCAGAACCAAAGCAUGAAGAAAAUGAGGAGCAAGAGGAGGAGGAGGAAGAAGAGGAUGAUGACGAUGAUGAGGAUGUAUCUAAAUACCAGCUAGAUUCUGAUGAGGAUGAUGAUGAUGGUGGUGAUGCAAGCAAAUAUGACCUCCAAGGAAGUUCUGAUGAAGAUGGCAAGAAAAGUAAAUCAUCAUCAAGAUCAUCAUCAAGGUCAUCUAGAUCUAAAUCACACUCAUCAUCAAGAUCAAGCUCAUCGUCUUCCUCUUCAUCAAGGUCAAGGUCCAGAUCAAGAUCAUCAUCUUGGUCAAAAAGAAAAAGAAGUGGGAAGUCCAGGUCAAGGUAACAGUAGGGUUACAUUGGUAAAGGUUAAAAGGUCAGGAUCACCCAGUCCUAAAACACGAAAACGGUCAAGAUCAAGAUCAUCUUCAUCUGAGAAAAGAAAAUCUGGAUCAAGGCGGUAGAGGUUUGGUGAUAAAAUGUGUCUUUUGAAAGGACACAUGUUCAGCUGAAUUAAUUUUCUUCAGACAAAUAUGUUUAUUUUAUAAUAAUUCUGAGUUAAUCGCAAUGAUUUAAAUACAUUUGAGAAAAUAUGAAGUUUUAGAUAAAAUAUGUCAUUUCAAAAAAUAACAACAAAACCAAAAUGAAAAUUAUUGAUCAACAAAAUAAUGACAGAAGACCAAAGAUCGACAAAAUAAAUCUUAAAAAACCCAGAGGAUGAACACAAAUGGUAGAUAAAUAGUUCCUGUAUAUAUUAUGGACACAAAAAAGAGAAGAGAUUGACUUAUAUUACAAUUCAGUUUUCUUGGUAAGCUGGCAUAAAAGUUCUGAAAAUGGAUUUUAUAAGUAAAAAAUGUUCAUGCUACACACUUGAGUUUCAGAAGUACAAAAAUGUACAAGGUCAGUACUGUAGCAGUUUACACUUUGAAAGUUUAAAUUUUAAAAUAAUUAUGUGAAGUAGUUUUAAGCACACCACCUUUUACUAAGAAGUGCCUAUUUUCAACUAAAGUACAUUUAUAGAUGACAAGAGAAAAUCGUUAUAAUGAUUAUUUUCCAUAAGAUUAGGAAAUUUGAUAUUUGUUUGUAAGGAAUUUUUUUUUUCUUUUUUAGAUAGUAUGGAAGUUAGCAGCUCAAAAUUGAAAGAACCAGUGACAUUAGUAGAGAAAAAUAUCAAAGAAAGCUUUGUUGUCUUAUUGUUGAAAUGACCAGUAAUAGGUUUAAAACGACAUUGGCCAUUUUAAUAUGCAAUAAUGUUAUCAUUUUCCUCCAUACUACUUAAAACAAAACAGUAUGCUUUACUUGUGUGAGUUUUUAUGGUGUUUAUAACCAGCUUUAAGUAUCUUGUUUAGUAGGAGCAAUAUUGCCUAGACACAGAUUUGAAAAUAUCUUUCUAAUUUGUAAACUUUUAUUUAUGACUAAAAAGUUCUUAUAUCUAAGGUCUUUUAAAUGCAGCCUAAAGUUUCUAAAUGAAGAAAAAUGAUAAAACAGUUAAAUAUCUAGAUAUGCUGACCAUAUGAUUUCAUAAUCACUUAUUAAAGUGAAUGUUUUCAUUUUUAUGCGUAGCUGGAAAACUUUCAACAAAUGUCUGUGCUAAUUCUAAUAUAAUUCUAGCAUUGACAACUUGUGAAUGAAAAAUGCUUAUCAGAAAAAACCUUUGCAUCCUUUAUCUCAUUGUUAAGAUUACAGUUCAUGGUUUGAUUUGAUACAUGUGUAUUUACAAAAUGUAUGCAUGUAUUUUUCCUUUAAGGGAAGGGUCUUCAAUCAAUUAAUUUCAAUGGGUUAUUUUAAAACUUUUACUACGUUUGAGAUAAAAAUUAAAUCAAAUUGAAAAAAACAAGUAAAACAGCUUUAAGUGAAUUGGUAUGUACACUUUGACAUGGUAUUGAUGAAAUCAGAAUUUUGGUCAUAAUAUGAUUUUCUUGUGAAGCAGUUUUUUUUUUACAUUAUAUUGUAUAUUAUAUAUCAUUGUAUUGAGCAUACCUUCAGAUUGCUAAGUUAUUAUUUGAAUAAUGUGUAAUAAGAUUAAUUCAUACAGAAAUUCAUGAAAUCAAAACCUAACCAGAAUUUUAAAAAAGAUCGUCUAUCCAGAAAGAAACAGUGUAAGAAUGUCUUAAUUUUGAAAAUUUAAAAAUAAAAAAGAUUUUUUUUUAUUGUUUUAAAAUAAAAUAAGAUGCUUUUUGUCUCGCCUUGACGGAGUCAAAAAGCGAGACAUAAGUAUGCUAUUUCCGGCGUCAGCGUCAACAAUGUAUUAGUUUGAGAUUAGGUCUAGUUCAUGGUGAACCACUAGUGGUAGGUCAAUGAUAUUUGGUAUGCAGUUGUAUUAGCAUUGGCACAUCUCAUUACCAUGGAGAUUAUUUGGCCCCGCCCCCUCAGUCAAGGUCUAUUGACUUUGAAACUUUUCAUAGUUUACAUGUAUUAGUUUGUGAUUAGGUCAAUUUAUGGGGAACCACUAGUGGUAGGUCAAUGAUAUUUGGUAUGCAGUUGUAUAAGCAUUGGCAUAUCUCAUUUCCAUGGAGAUUAUUUGGCUCCGCCCCCUAAGUCAUGGUCUAUAUACUUUGAAAAUUUUGCUUAGUUUACAUGUAUUAGUUUGUGAUUAGAUCAGUUUAAGAUGAACUGCUAAUGUUAAGUCAAUGAUAUUUUGUAUGCAAAUGUAUUGGCAUUUGCAAGUAUCGUUUCCAUGGAGAUUAUAUAGCCCCACCCCUGAUCAUGGUUCAUUGACUUUGAAACUUUUACAUAGUUUACAAGUUAAUGUUUGUGUUUAGGAUUGUUUAAAGGGAACGACUUAUGGUAUUUGGUAUGCAGUUGUAUUAGCAUUGGCACAUCUCAUUCCAUGGAGAUUGUUUAGCCAUGGACCUUCAGUCAUGGUUCAUCGACUUUGAAUAUUUGCAUAACUUACAUGUUAAAGUAUUGCUAUUUUAAUUUCAACAUUUGCAUUAUCAAAAUUACAAAAAGGCGAGACAUAUCUCUGUGAUAACAGUUUAUGUAAAGUUAGCUUAGUGGAUUUUUCUCCUUGCGAUUUCCUUUUUCUUAAUUUUUCUUUUUUUAAACAUAAUUAAAAGUAAGUUUCCUGCUUCGGGGAGUCAAGGGACUUAUCAUGUUGAAUAUGAUCAGUGUUUUUAUUUGUGAGAUGAGAAAUUCUGAGUAUUUUUACUGUUAAAUCUAGAUAGAAGCAAACUAGAUGUUUCAGGACCAUCAGAAGGCAACUGACAUUAUCCUAAAUUUAAGUCAAAGGGUUGUAAUUUUUUGAAUAAUUAAUUUAACUUUUACUUUAAUAAUCUUUGUCCCUGAAAAUGAAAAUAACAAUUACAUAUAUAAAAGAGUAAGCUAUAAAGGCCCAUCAUUUUAGGGAAUAAGUUGUUACCAAAAAGUACCUCUCAAAAUACAAGACAUGAUAAACUUUAAGUAUACAUGAUUUAGUGAAAGGAAAAUGUGCUCAGGCACUCCCAUUGACUUUCAAAUUUGUUACAGUCCUAAUGACAAAUGAAUGAGUUGGAAAUAUAAUAAAAUUUUCAAAAUAAAUAUAUGAGUAUAUUUGUUCAGUAAUUUUGUUAUAUGACAUUAUUGUCAGUCUAAUUAAUGACUGUUUUAAUAUAUAUUUUUGUUGCAUUUGUUUAAUGAGUGACAUUUUUACCAGUAAUAUAUAGACAUUUAUAGAUUAGUGAUAUAUAGCAUAUAUAUGUUAAGUAACUGAUCUAGUUUGAUAUUAGAGUAAGUGGAUGUUUUGGUCAGCCUGUUCACCAAGUGUCCAUUCCUAGAAAAUGGUUCAUGACAAAUAACUUAGCUCAGGGGAUACAGAACUAUAGCUCACUUGAAUAAUUUUGCAUUUUUUAGUCUGAAGAAAAGAAUGGUUCAAGGAACUGUUCUUUUAUUGCUGUAUUUCACUAAGUACCAUUUUUUGUUGAACAUUGUAAUUUAUUAAAAGGUAUGGAAUUGUCAAAAUGCAUUUCCUCUAACAUCUCUGAAGUAAGAUUGUUUUUGUUAUUGGAUUGAAGCUGUUUUGUUAAAGAAAGAAUGUAUUUAGUCUUAAAUAAUUUGUGGUUUUAAUUUUAACAUGAAAGUACAUUUGGGCUCUUUUUUUCUGGCAUUUUAAAUUUUUAGAAUAAGGUUUUGGUACUGUCAGAAGGUAUGUAUUGAAAAGGAUUGUUUUGAUAGCAAGUUAUGUAAAAAAAAAAUGGUAAGUAUUAUUUGAAUAAAAGGAGGUGGUAUUGGGCUACAUCGAUGACAACACUUAGCAACAAAACCAAACCAAAAGAGACAUCUGGAGGUCAAUAUAUGUUCUUCAAUGACUAGUGACCAUACCCUUUGUCAAUCUCUGAUUCACCCUUUUUUAUAAGCAAGUUUAUAAAUUUUAUGAGCAGAUUUUGAUGACAUCUUUUUAGUAUUCUACAUAAAUUUAUUUUUGGUCAGUGUUGAGUUAUUUCUGUUGCUGUAAAGGCAUAAUACCACAAAUGGUUGGUUAGCCAGAAAGGAAUAUUUUUCAAUUGGCCCAGGGGUCAGCUUUUAAAUGAAACUUUUAUUUGAAUAAAUGAGUUAAAAAGUAGGAUUAAAUAUUCAAUUAAUUAAUUUCCAUGUGGACAUCACAAUCAUGGUGUUACAAUAUUUCUAUCAGAAAACUGAGCAUUAUUUAGUUUUCACAUGUAAGGACUCUAAGUUGUUUUAAUCUAUUAAUAUUAUACAACAGUAAGACCAGUAUCCAGUCAGGGGUACUACUUAAACAAGUGAUUUCAGAAUCACUUCCUCGAGUGAUUUUGGCUGUGAAAUAUUAAAAAUUUUCACACAGACUUUUUAAAAUCACUGAAACAAGUAAUUUUAGAAGUUAAAAUGUAAUCACUUUAAUAAGUGUUUAUAACAUUUUCUUGAUAUUUUUCCCACAAGCUUGAUUUUUUUAUUGGUAAAAAGACAACAAUUCCUUUGAAAAAACAACUAUGUACAUGCAGAAAUUGUCUUUUGCUUGAUAAGCCUGACACUUUUACAGUUUUUUUAAAAUAUGCAAAAACUGGAAUAGUUUGUAGAUCAGGUCAUAACCUUGAAGUAGAUCAUUCUAACUCUAAAGAAAACCAAUCAGGUUACCUAAUAUUGUUGAUCUUUGUCUGAUAGUAAGAGUAGUUAAUGAAUUUUUGAUUACAGAAAAAUUCCCAAGGGUACUUUUAAAAGCUUUAGCGCACUAACUUCCUGCCCAAGCGCACUGGUGAAAUUAAUAUACAAAGAAAAAGGGAUAAUUGGUUUAUGUAGGAAAAUUAUAGAAAAGAUUGUGAAAAUAUGGAAAAUCAAUGAAAUUAGCAUUUGAAGAUCAAAGAAAACACUAAAAUCACUUAAAUAGGUGAUAACUGAAUUUAUCAAAUCACUGAAAUAAGUGAUGAUGAAAUCACUUGUUUAAGUAGCACCCCUGACUGAUAUCAGUAGAAUACUGUUCAGGUCAGCCACUAUUCGCCGGUUCAUACAACUGUAAUAUAUUUGUAUGAUGCUACUGGUAAGUAACUGGAUCCCAGUCUGCAGUGAUACCUUUGUAUGAUGCUAUUGGUAAGUUACUGUAACCCAAUAUGCAAUACCGGUAGUUGUGUAUGAUGCUAUUUGUAAGUGACAUCCCAGUCUGCGAUAAUACUUGUGUGUGAUGCUAUUGGUAAGUGACUGUAUCCUAGUCUGACAAUGUUGACUAGGUGAUUUAGUUGUCUGCACAUUUUGUUGUUGCUUAAUUUUGCAUGCAUUGAUGAAUUUGUCAAUCAUUAAUGAAAUAGUUGUAUUUUUACAUGUGCCAGAAUAAAUAACUAUGUAUUUAGACAAUAAUAAUCAAAUAAACUAUUUGGAACUAAA